CUCCCCUGUCAAUCCUUUCUGCCUAACCUCCACACCCGCAUGGAGGAACGCCCCACCCUUGUCUGCCUCCCAUUGGGCAGGAGGAGUGGAAGUGGGUCUCCGAUUGGGGCCGGAUUUUGUCACUCAGAGGUGCUGGCUUCCGGGUUUGGCGGAGACGCGCCGUGGCCUCAGGAGCGCUGGGAGUAUGAGGCGGGUCACCCUGUUCGUCAAUGGCACCCCCAAGAACGGGAAGGUGGUGGCUGUUUAUGGGACAUUAUCAGAUUUGCUGUCUGUGGCUAGUAAUAAGCUUGGAAUAAAAGCGACCAGUGUGUACAAUGGGAAAGGUGGACUCAUUGAUGAUAUCGCAUUGAUUAGGGAUGAUGAUGUUUUGUUUGUUUGCGAAGGGGAGCCAUUCAUUGAUCCUCAGACAGACGUAAAAUUUCAUGAAGAACUAACAGGGUCGCACACGGAUUGGUUAACACUAAAUGUUGGAGGCCGAUACUUUACAACUACACGGAGCACUUUAGUUAAUAAAGAACCUGACAGUAUGCUGGCCCAUAUGUUUAAAGAUAAAGAUGCCUGGGGGAAUAAGCAGGAUCACAGGGGAGCAUUCCUAAUUGAUCGCAGUCCAGAAUACUUCGAACCAAUUCUUAACUAUUUGCGUCAUGGGCAGCUCAUUGUAAAUGAUGGCAUUAAUUUGCUAGGUGUUUUGGAAGAAGCCAGAUUUUUUGGUAUUGAUUCAUUGAUUGAACAUCUGGAAGUAGCUAUUAAGAAUUCUCAGCCAGCUGAGGAUCAUUCUCCUAUAUCCCGGAAGGAAUUUGUCCGAUUUCUGCUGGCAACCCCAACUAAGUCUGAACUGCGCUGUCAGGGUCUAAAUUUCAGUGGUGCAGAUCUCUCUCGGUUAGAUCUUCGAUACAUAAACUUCAAGAUGGCUAACUUAAGCCGCUGCAACCUCGCCCAUGCCAACCUUUGCUGUGCAAAUCUUGAACGAGCUGACCUCUCUGGAUCAGUGCUUGACUGUGCAAACCUACAAGGUGUAAAGAUGCUCUGUUCCAAUGCAGAAGGGGCAUCGCUGAAAGGAUGUAACUUUGAAGAUCCCUCUGGCCUUAAAGCUAACCUGGAAGGUGCUAACCUAAAAGGUGUUGACAUGGAAGGAAGUCAGAUGACAGGAAUUAAUCUAAGAGUUGCAACUUUAAAAAAUGCAAAGCUGAAAAACUGUAACCUCAGAGGAGCAACUCUGGCAGGAACUGACUUAGAAAAUUGUGACUUAUCGGGUUGUGAUCUACAGGAAGCUAACUUGAGAGGCUCUAACGUAAAAGGAGCUAUCUUUGAAGAGAUGCUGACACCUUUACACAUGUCUCAGAGUGUCAGAUAGGACCUGGCACAGUUGACUGGAAGAAUACUUGUUGAAGAGGAAGAAAUGAAAACACUUAUCAUGAUUUUCUUUCUCCACCCACUCCCUUUAUAAUCCAGACAUACCAUUUAUUAGACAAUAAUUUAUAUCUUCAGUAGUGCCUAAGGAAACACCUCUGAUCACUUUUUGGGGGAGGGGGCUUUUAUUUAAUAGGUAUAGGAAUAGACAUUGUUGCUACCUUUUGAAUGGAGAUAGGGAAGUGGGCUGGUUUUAGAACCAGAAUGUUAUGUAUUUUUUUAAAUAGACUUGUUUUAGCAUCACCUCAUUUUUUAAUGCAUUUUUAGGAUUUUAAUUUAUAAAGCACAAUAUAUGCAAUUAUAUUUAUUACAUUUGUAUCUGCAAUAUAAAUAUAUGAAAUGUUAGUCACAUACAGUAGCAGAAAUGUUCAGGUUUACAGUUAGCAUUAGUAUAUCCACAGUUAGUUUCUUUAUUCAUGCACAGCAUAUUAAAUGAUGAAUGUUGUGGGGAUAAAGUUCCCAAAACAUUUUUUCAGGUACUUUUUUUUGGAGGAGGGAAGAAGGAGGAGGAGGGGAGAGAAAGGGGCAGACAGCAUUUAAAUAAGUCAUCACAGGUAACACGGCCUGGUAGUAGCUUGCAUUUAGGCAUGCAGUGGCUCAACCAACUUCUGAAAUAUACAGUGGAAGCAUCUUUGCAACUAUAUGUUCACUAGAAAAUCCUUAUGCACAGCAGAGCUUUGUUAUAAUUAGAACUUAAAGGAGCAUGUUCCAAGAUGCACACUACUUAUUUAGUCCUUUUGAUGUCAGUGUGGACUGGUGACAAGUGAAAAUCUCUCUAGCUUAUACGUGUCCCUUCUAGCACCAAGCCCAAGUACAUGUGGUGGUUUUUUGUUUGUUUGUUUUUUAAAACAGGAAAUUAAGUGUGGAUUGGGAAGGGGAAAACGGUUGAUUCCUCCAGAAAAGUAGACCCAGGGCCUGAUGCCCAGCCUUUCUCUCCAUGGUCACUACUGCUGUGUAGGAAUGGCAGUGGUUGCCCCUGAACACAUGAUAUGCAAGCAUUCUGCACACUGAAACAAUGGAUAGCAUGGACCUUCCCCAGUGCUCUGUGUUGGGCCUAUUCAGAGCAACCAUGGGAGCCACUUCCCUGGUGCAAAAUUUCCUUUCCUUUACCCCUCUUUAUCUGUUAGUGCACAGGGAACCAUGGAGUUUCUGCAGUGCAGAGAGCCUUAUGGGAUCUCUGUCCAGCAAUGAAUUUCACUUGGUGUGACCAGAUGUCCUGAUUUUAUAGGGACAGUCCCAAUUUUGGGGGCUUUUUCUUAUAUAGGCUCCUAUUACCCCUCCACUGCUGUCCUGUUUUUUCACACUUGCUAUCUAGUCACCCUAAUUUCACUCAAGAAGUUACUUCCACUGUAACAUCAGUUGAGACCCUCUCAUAUGUCACUGAUUAUUCUGUAUACAAUCAAACAAGCACAGACUUUGUAUACCAAAUAGAGCUGGGUGCCUCAAGAAUACUUACCUCACUAACUUAAAAUACCCCAAAGUCAAAAUCAAAGGAAAUACCAAUCUUACUGGAAGAUAGGAACAAAUGUAGCAUGAUGUUAUAAUUGCGGAGCUUGCCAUUGUUAACCAUGAUCUAAAUUGUCACAGUUACUUCAGUGGGUCGUCUUUUUAGCUGUAGAAGUGCAGAUCUACUGUCUUCUGUACAAGGAAGAUGGUGUGGUCUUAAAGGUUACAGCAAAACCAUUUAUUUUCCUAGGAAAGAUCAGCUCCCAAAAAGUACAUGACAAGGGGGGAAUGGGGCUGUUUUGGUUUUGACUCCAUCAUGUCACAUGACCUUCUUGACCUCAAGGUCACAUAGCCAAUUGGAGCAGAAUUGGGAUUCGUCAGGCUCUUAGGCCUUUUGACUUAUUGGACAAACACUUAUCUUCAUGGCAAGAAGUUGCAUUAUAAAUAUAGGGUCAUUUUUUAAUGUACCACUUUCCUUAACAGGAGUAAUGUACAUGCAUUGAAGGAAGAAGGGAGAGUAAAGCUGGAGAAACGUACUUAAUUGAAUUAUUUUUGUCAUUUUUGUAGCUGGCAGAAGUAGAAUAUUGUAUGGGAGAAAUCUAUUUUCAUAAUCAGUGUGUAUAAAUUAUAUUUAAACUUUUACAGAUAGUCACUUGAAUACUCACAGCAUAAGGCAUUGUUCACUUGCAAACACGUUUUAGGUACAUCUUUUGCUGUGACAAGACUGCAGGAAUAGCCAAUAAUGGCAUCUUCUGAAAAUGCAGGUUCUAGCCUAAUGUAAACUGGCUGCAUCAAUAAAUAGUAUAAAAUGUU